UUGCAGGCCGGACAACGAACGGUACCGCGGUCAGGACGUGAUUUUCGAGGCUGGCAUUGAGAGGAGGAACCUCUCUCGGCUGGUUUUCACUCUCGGCACUCGGUGUUCACCGAGAGCUACUCUUUGCUCGCAGCGUUUCCUCGCUGCCAUUUGCCGGCGCGCGUUCGUCGUGCACGCGAAUCGCCGAGCGUAUUCUUCGAAUCGCGUUUCGCAAGCUCGCUGGAAAAAGCUCGCGGUGCACCAUGAGAGAGUGCUGUGAAUAGAACGGAGAGAGAAGAAGUGGCUGCCUGCGUCUUCCAAAAAAGAAAUAGAUUAUCGUACGUAUCCGUUUGAAGAUCGAUGGCUCGCGAUCGUUUAACUGAGAAAUUGUUGUUUGCAGUAAUCAGGCGUUUGUGAAAGUUUCGUGUGGCACGCUAGUCUCGUCGAAUGGCAGCCAGUUGCACGUGGUUCUCACGCGGUGGAAUUAAGUGGAAAUGGCAAUAGGGCUGACCACGUUGUUCAGUACUACUUCGAUCCUCGGAUUCAGCCUGAUUCCCCUGUUAGCCAUUGGCUUGACCGUGUUCCGGUACAACCAAGCGGAUCCAGAAUCUCAUCCGAACGAUGCACGCCAGCUACUACGAGUGUACGAUUUCAUAGUGAUCGGCGGAGGCAGCGCGGGCGCAGUGGUAGCAUCGCGAUUAUCGGAAGUGUCCAAUUGGACCGUGUUGCUAGUAGAAGCGGGCGGCAAUGAGAACGAAAUCUCAGACGUUCCUGUGCUGGCUGGUUACACCCAGCUUUCGGACAUGGACUGGAAAUAUCAAACGUCGCCACCGACAGUGUCAGCUUACUGUCUCGCCAUGAUUGGCGAUAGGUGUAACUGGCCGCGUGGGAAGGUUCUUGGUGGCAGCAGCGUGUUGAACGCCAUGGUUUAUGUCCGGGGUAAUCGCCGCGAUUACGACAACUGGGCGAGGCUGGGCAACGUCGGCUGGAGCUACAACGAGGUCCUCCCCUACUUCCUGAAAUCCGAGGACAACCGGAACCCCUAUCUGGCGAGGACGCCGUACCACUCGACCGGCGGUUACCUGACCGUUCAGGAAUCACCAUGGAGGAGCCCGUUGUCGAUAGCGUUCCUGCAGGCGGGCCAGGAACUCGGCUACGAGAACCGUGACAUAAACGGUGCGAAUCAGACCGGUUUCAUGCUCACCCAGUCGACGAUCCGCCGUGGCAGCCGUUGCUCCACCGCCAAGGCGUUCCUCAGGCCGGUGAAGGCCAGAGGCAACCUGCACAUAGCGAUGAACACGCAAGCGCUGAGGAUACUGUUCAACGGAGACAAAAGAGCCACCGGUGUCGAGGUGCUGCGCGACGGCCGCCAGCAAGCGAUAAGAGUCAGACGAGAGGUCGUUCUGUCAGCCGGCACGAUCAACUCCGCGCAGCUUUUAAUGUUAUCCGGGAUCGGACCGGGGGAGCACCUGGCAGACCUCGGUAUACCGACGCUGUCUGAUCUGAGAGUCGGCGACAACUUGCAGGACCACGUGGGCCUCGGUGGGUUGACGUUCGUGGUGAACGAGCCCGUCAGCCUGAAGAAGGAUCGUUUCGAGACGUUCUCCGUGAUGAUGGAGUACGUGCUGAGGGAGAAAGGGCCGAUGACGAAUCCCGGCGUCGAGGGGCUGGCGUUCGUCAACACGAGAUACGCCGAUCCGUCUGACGAUUACCCGGACAUGCAGUUCCACUUUGCACCGAGCUCGAUCAACUCCGACGGCGGCGACCAGAUCAAGAAGAUCCUCGGCCUGAGGGACAGUGUCUACAACACCGUGUACAAGCCGCUGAACCACGCCGAGACCUGGUCCAUUCUACCCCUGUUGCUCAGGCCCCGGAGCUCCGGGUGGGUGCGUUUGAAGAGCAAGAACCCGCUGGUGCAGCCGGAUAUCAAUCCCAACUACUUCACGCACAGGGAGGACAUGGACGUUCUGAUCGAUGGGGUGAGGAUCGCGUUAAGGCUGUCCAACACCACGGCGUUCCAAAGGUUCGGCUCCAGGCCGCACACCAUUCGCAUGCCUGGCUGCCAGAGGUACUUGUUCGACACGUACGACUACUGGGAGUGCGCCAUCAGGCAUUUCACGUUCACGAUCUACCAUCCGACCGGCACGUGCAAGAUGGGGCCAAGAAGCGAUCCCACGGCUGUGGUUGAUCCUAGAUUGAGGGUUUACGGGGUGAAAGGGUUGAGAGUGGCGGACGCAUCGAUCAUGCCGGUGAUCAUCAGCGGGAAUCCCAAUGCACCGACCAUCAUGAUCGGCGAGAAGGCGAGCGACAUGAUCAAGGAGGAUUGGAUGUACAAGAGGAAACGAUUCGUGGGGAGGUGAUAGGUGAUAGUCGUAGUGAUGGGUUAGAACGGACUUCGCGCGAGGUAAAGUGUCUGUUCGUCCCAAUUGUUGUCGAAAUCUUGUGCACGAUUGAUCCAACUUAAGGACCGAGCGAUUGUUGAUUUUCAUUGAAAUUUUAUAGAUACGUCGACUUCCCACUAAAUUUUGAGGAAAUUGAUAAGUAAUUGGGAAAAAUUGUAGAUAAAACGGUUACGUUAGUUUCCUUGGUGGAUUAGUCUCGGCCGAAAGCUUUAAAUUUAUUUAAAAAUUCGUACAAAAGAGUAAUUUUUGUUAGUGGUUAGCAAUUCCACAUAUUUAGUAGAAAUGUGAAAUCAGGCAGCUGAUAAUUGUUAAAAAACGAAUCAUCUGCUACUUUUGUUAUGGCAUAUCGACGAGAUUCAAUAACGAAGUAACAAAGUGUAAAGGAAAAUUUUCAAAAUGGAGGAUGAAUUCUUAACUCUUCAUGGAAAUAGAUUUAACGUUAAAUUUAUUUCAAUUUUAACACUAAAUUAAAUUUACAAAGACGUGCAUCUAAGGAUAAACAUUUUCAACAUUCGAACGUACUUUACGAGAAGACUUUCUGGUUUCAUUAUCAGCGAGAUGCGAAAACUGAAAAGCCACUUAACACCGAGGCGUUACGAUUACACUCAGACAAACCAAAUGGACUUAACGUUAUAAUAACGAUUGCAUAACUUUCUCAAAAUUGUUUGUCGUGGUGAAUUUCUAUUUAAUUUACGGAGAAUGCAAUCGAAAGCAUUUAGUACAAUUUUUCCAUGAAAGGACGUAGUGCGAAAUUUUUUCCGAAGCUUAAUUUUCCAGAAAAGUUGAAUUUAUAAAUUUCUCUACUGUAUCUGUUUUAUAAUAUUUAUAACAUUCUAAUUGUUCUACCUUUAUUACAAUAAUACAAUGGUAAUGAAUUUAUCUUUGUAGAACUGUGAAUUGUAAAUUUAAAAAGUACAAAUUCUUAAUUUGCGAUUUUAUAAAGAUGAAUUUAUUACUGUUGAAGUAUAAUAAAAUAUUAGACAAUAAAAAAUAUCAUUGUAAUAUACACAAGAUGUAGCAAACAAAUUUACAAAUUCAACCUAAUUCACUUAUCGUUUUCUUACACUUUUAUGAAAAACCGUUUCGUAUCUGUUUAGACAUAAUUUUCGAUACCACACUGUAAUUAAUAUAAACGAUAUGUAAAGAGAUUUUUUUCUACUGUGAAAGAAUUAAUUUAAACGUGCCAUUUCCUAUACAAUACAAUACAGUUGUAAUUAAUCUUCUAUAAAAUGCCAAAAACCAUUGAUAAUAUUACUAUAGUAUAUAUAUUAUACAUACACAUA